AUGCGGGGGAACUGGAGGAUUCUGUUCUCGCACAUGUGCAGCAGCAGCUUCCUGCUGCUGUGGAUCUUCGUGGGCUUGGAUGUGGUGGAGGUGGCGGGAUCCCAGCCAGGGAUCCCUCUGUCAGUUGUAAAGCUUUGGGCCUCAGCAUUCGGAGGAGAAAUAAAAUCGAUUUCUGCCAAAUACUCCGGAUCUCAGCUUCUCCAGAAGGAGCUGUGGGCCAUCACAGCACCGCGUCCAGGGACCAACUCCAGUUCUGAGGGCGGCACUUCGAUGAAGGGCAGCGGCAGGAUUAAGGGCUCUGCGGCGUGUCCCGGAGGCUGGGAAGAAAGCGGCGUGCCCAGAGGAACCCCACGCAAAUAUGGCGAGAGCGUUCAAACUGCAAUCAAGAGGCGGCUGCAGGGUUCAGGCCUUGGAUCUCAAUGCCCCGAGAAAUAUAAAGAAUUUGAAAAGUCGGUCAGAGUGGAAGAGAUUGACGGUGUGAAGCUGGUCAAAAACCUCGCAGUGAAGAUGGAAGAAAUGUUCAGUAGGAAAGCAGAGGCCACCAGGCGACUUGUGGAAGCAGCGGAAGAGGCGCACAGUCAGCACGAGGACAAUCCUGACCUGCAGUAUGAGUACUUCAAUGCCGUGUUGAUCAAUGAAGUCGAUGACGAAGGCAACAACGUGGAGCUGGGCGGGGAGUUCCUCCUGGAGCCCAACGACCACUUCAACAACCUGUCGGUUAACCUGACCCUCAGUGUGGUCCAGGUGCCCACCAACAUGUACAACAAAGAUCCUGACAUUGUGAACGGGGUUUACUGGUCAGAGGCCCUCAACAAAGUGUUUGUUGAUAAUUUUGAAAGGGAUCCAACGCUGACCUGGCAGUACUUCGGCAGCGCCAAAGGUUUCUUCAGGCAGUAUCCAGGGGUGAAGUGGCAUCCGGACGAGCACGGCGUCAUCGGUUUUGACUGCAGGAAUCGAAAGUGGUACAUCCAGGCAGCCACCUCUCCCAAAGACGUCGUGAUCCUCGUCGAUGUGAGCGGCAGCAUGAAGGGUCUCCGGCUCACCAUUGCCAGACAGACGGUUUCUUCCAUAUUAGACACACUCGGAGACGACGACUUCUUCAACAUCAUUGCUUAUAACCAGGAGAUCCACUACGUGGAGCCCUGUCUGAAUGGAACGCUGGUCAGGGCCGACAGGACCAACAAAGACCAUUUCCGUGAACAUCUGGACAAGCUGUUCGCCAAAGGGAUCGGCCUGCUGGGGGAAGCUCUGGCCGAAGCCUUCAAUAUCCUGAAUGAUUUCAACCAGACUGGACGUGGCAGCGUGUGCAGCCAGGCCAUCAUGCUGGUCACCGACGGCGCCACCGAAAUGUACGAUGACGUUUUUGAGAAGUACAACUGGCCGGAAAGGAAAGUGCGGAUAUUCCCUUACCUGAUUGGACGAGAGUCUGCGUUUGCUGAUAACCUCAAAUGGAUGGCUUGUGCCAACAAAGGGUACUUCAGUCAGAUCUCCACGUUGGCCGAUGUUCAGGAGAAUGUGAUGAGGUAUCUUCACGUCAUGAGUCGUCCGAAGGUCAUCGAUCACGAGCACGACACCGUGUGGACUGAGGCUUACGUGGACAGUGCUCUUUCCCAGGCUCAUAAGUUAAAAGAUAAAUCUGGCAUAAGCCUGACAACUACAGUUGCCAUGCCUGUCUUCAGCACGAGGAAUGAAACAAAAAACCAGGGUAUUCUGCUGGGGGUAGUAGGAACAGACAUCCCUCUGCAGGAACUGAUGACGCUGAUCCCCAAACAUAUGUUGGGGAUCCACGGUUAUGCGUUUGCCAUCACGAACAACGGCUACAUCCUGACACACCCGGACCUCCGGCCUUUGUAUCAGGAGGGUCAGAAGAGGAGGAAGCCCAACUACAGCAGCGUGGAUCUGUCUGAGGUGGAGUGGGAAGACAAAGAUGACAGUCUGCGCAAUGCUAUGGUUAACAGGAGGACAGGGACGUUCUCCAUGGAGGUGAAGAAGACCGUGGAUCGAGGGAGGCGUGUGCUCAAGAUGCACAAUGACUAUUAUUACACUGACAUCAAAGGAACUCCGUUCAGUGUUGGAGUGGCUCUCUCAAGAGGUCACGGGAAGUAUUUCUUCAGAGGAAAUGUAUCAGUGGAAGCAGGGCUCCGUGAUCUGGAACAGCCAGAUGUCGCCCUGGCAGAUGAAUGGACCUACUGCAACACAGAGGAGCAGCACGAGCACCGUCACCUGACCCAGAUCCAGGCCAUCAAGCUCUUCAUGACGGGACGCAGGCCGCACCUCAAAUGUGACAGAGAGCUGAUCCAGGAGGUGUUGUUCGACGCCGUGGUCACUGCUCCUCUGGAGGCGUACUGGACCGGCCUCGCGCUCAACAAGUCAGAGAACUCUGACAAAGGAGUGGAGAUUGCUUUCCUGGGAACACGCACCGGUCUGUCGAGAACCAACCUGUUCGUACCCGCGGAUCAGCUUUCCAAUCAAGAUUUCCUGACAGCGGAGGACAAGGAGGGAGUGUUUAAUGCUGAUCACUUCCCUCUGUGGUACAAGAGAGCGGCGGAGCAGGUCCCGGGCACGUUUGUCUACUCCAUCCCCUUCAGCACAGCUUUAGAAAAUAAAAGUGUGGUUCUGGCAAGCACAGCGAUUCAGCUCCUGGAUGACAGGAAGUCUCCAAUAGUCGCUGCUGUCGGGAUCCAAAUGAAGCUGGAGUUCUUUCAGAGGAAGUUCUGGACGGCAUGUAGACAGUGUACAGCUCUGGAUGGAAACUGUGUCAUUAGCUGCGAUAGUGAGGACAUUAACUGUUACCUCAUUGACAACAAUGGAUUCAUUCUCGUAACAGAGGAAACAUCUCAGACAGGGCUCUUCUUUGGGGAGGUGGAGGGUGCUGUUAUGAACAAACUUCUCCAAAUGGGGUCGUUCAAAAGGAUCACUCUGUACGACUACCAGGCACUUUGUAAAGAAUACACUGGGAGCAGUGACAGUGCACGCACUUUGUCAGAUCCUUUUUCAGUGGUUAAGUGGCUCCUGACAGAACUCGUCAUAUUUCUACUAGAGUUUAACCUGUACAGCUGGUGGAAUAUCGACCUGUCUGUGAAAGCUCAGAGAUCUCGGGGUAAAACCAUGAUGGUGCCCUGUGACACAGAAUACCCUGCCUUCGUCUCUGAACGCACCAUCAAGGAAACAACAGGAAACAUCGACUGUGACGGUUGUGUCAGGUCUUUUGUCAUACAGCAGAUUCCCAGCAGCAACCUCUUUAUGGUUGUUGUGGACAAUAAAUGUGACUGCAGCAAUGCUCCUCCCGUCACCAUGGAUCCCAUCGAGAUCAUGUACAACGAGUCACUGAAAUGUGACCGACUGAAGUUUCAGAAGGACAGGAAGAAGCCCGAGUCCUGUCACCCUUUCCACCCAGAGGAAAACGCCAUGGAGUGCGGCUCGGCCACGCGUCCCUCCAGCGCCCUGGCAGCAGCUCUGCUGCCUCUGAUAGCAGCGGCCUUCAGCAGGUGACCGUCUGCAGCGGGAGCGGACAUCAG